AUGUCCCCGUCGAUCUCCCCCGUCCGUAUCACCCUCCUCACUCUCGUCUCCGCCACCACCCUCUUCCUCUUCUAUAAAUCCCGGCGCCGCCUCCUCCACCGCCUGAAAGUCCUCACAGCCCGCCCGCCCGCCCCUCCUCACAAAGGCAAACUAUUUUUCAUUUCCCAAACAUCCACUUCCAAAACCCUAGCUCAACGCCUCCACAAACUGCUCGCCCAAAAUGAUCUCCCCUUUGAUCUUGUUGACCCCAAAGACUACGAACCGGAGGAUUUUUGUAAAGAAUCGCUAGUUUUAGUCGUAGCUUCUACUUGGGAAAACGGGGAGCCGCCGGAAAAUGGUGCCUUUUUGGUUAAUUGGGUAAACGAGAGUGCUGAGGAUUUUCGGGUCGGUGCUGCAUUGCUGGAUAAGUGUAAGUUUGCGGUGUUCGGAGUUGGGAGCAGGGCUUAUGGUGAUAGUUUUAAUGCUGUUGCGAAGGGGUUGUCGGAGAAGUUGAGGAAGCUUGGUGGGAAGGAGGUUUUAGGGGUUUGUGAAGGGGAUGUGGACGAGGGGGAUUUAGAUAAGGUGUUUGAUGAAUGGAGUGGGAAGGUAGUUGAAGUUUUGAAGGAAAAUAGUGGGAAGUAUGGGAAUUUGAAUGGGAUUGGCAAUGAGGCUAGUGAUGGAGGGGAGUAUGUAGAUGAUGAUGAUGAAGACUAUGACGACGACGAUGAUGAUGACAAUGGGGGCUCGGACAUUGUUGAUCUUGAAGACUUAGCGGGUAAAGUUCCUCCAAGGAAAAAGGAGACACUGGGGGCUAAAGUUAAUGGAGCAAUUAAUGGUGAUGUAUUGAACGGAAAGAAGGAAAUGGUGACACCGGUAAUCAGGACAAAUUUGGAGAAGCAGGGAUAUAAAAUUAUUGGAUCACAUAGUGGGGUUAAGCUUUGUAGAUGGACCAAGUCUCAACUCAGAGGCCGUGGAGGCUGCUAUAAGCACUCAUUUUAUGGUAUCGAGAGUCACCGAUGUAUGGAAGCAACUCCCAGUCUAGCAUGUGCAAACAAAUGUGUUUUCUGUUGGAGGCAUCACACUAAUCCCGUUGGGAAGAGCUGGCAAUGGAAGAUGGAUGAUCCUUUAGAAAUUGUGGAAACAGCCAUUGACUUGCAUACAAAAAUGAUAAAGCAAAUGAAAGGAGUGCCAGGUGUUAAAGCGGAACGCUUGUCGGAGGGUCUUGCUCCGAGGCAUUGUGCCCUUUCUCUUGUAGGUGAACCAAUCAUGUAUCCUGAGAUUAACUCUCUGGUGGAUGAACUGCACAAAAGGCGGAUCUCUACUUUUCUAGUAACAAAUGCACAGUUCCCAGAGAAGAUCAAGUCACUGAAGCCUAUUACGCAGUUAUAUGUCAGUGUAGAUGCUGCAACAAAGGACAGCUUGAAAGCUAUUGAUAGACCCCUGUUUGGAGACUUUUGGGAAAGAUUUGUUGAUUCCUUGAAAGCUCUCAAAGAAAAACAGCAACGGACAGUCUAUCGCCUAACUUUAGUCAAAGGGUGGAAUACUGAAGAUAUAGAUGACUAUUAUAACCUCUUCAGCAUUGGAAAUCCGGACUUCAUUGAAAUAAAAGGAGUUACUUAUUGUGGAUCGACUGCCACAUCAAAGCUGACAAUGGAAAAUGUGCCAUGGCAUACUGAUGUUAAAGAAUUUUCUGAGGCAUUGUGUAAGAGAAGCAAUGGAGAGUACGAAGUUGCCUGCGAGCAUGCCCAUUCAUGCUGUGUUCUUUUGGCCAGAGUGGAUAAAUUUAAGGUUGAUGGUCAAUGGUAUACAUGGAUAGAUUAUGAAAAAUUCCAUGACCUGGUGGCUUCUGGGAAAUCUUUUACCAGCAAGGAUUACAUGGCUCCUACGCCAACUUGGGCGGUUUAUGGGGCAGAAGAAGGUGGGUUUGACCCUGAGCAAACACGUUACAAGAAAGAACGGCAUCACAAAAAUAGCCGUUGA